AUGGCGGCCAUAAACCCAUUACACGGCGCCAUAGCAAAUCCCUCCAUUGCAAAACCAUCACCAUCUGGCUUCUUUAUCAUCAUGGCUAGGUCGUCCCCACCUUCACUCACCACCAACACUCUUCCCUUCCUUAAUCUUGCAAAAUUUUCGACCAAACGGUGCUUAAUUCCGUCGUCCAAGGCGUCCCCGGCGGACGCUGUUUUGCCGACGGCCGCCGGCGACGAGGAUGGAGUUUCUUUGGGAACCAUGAAACUUCCACCCGACACAGAUGUUACUAGGUUCGAGACUUUGUUGUUUCAGUGGGGGAACAGUCUAUGCCAAGGUGCAAAUUUGCCUCUUCCAGUGCCACUGAAGGUCGACAAAAUCCCCGGUGGAGCUAGGCUCGGUUUCAUUACUAUAGGAAAUGGCGGAGAGACUGAAGUUCUUGUGUACAUAGACUGUGUCGUAUUUCCGGGCUCCGAAAACUCUGGCCCAAUGUUUCGGGCCGUAAGAAAUGGGCCAAAGAAAGCCCAACCGCCUCCCGGAGAACCAAGAAUCAUGAGAAGUCUAUUAGAUGCCUUGAGGAAAUGUGUCGAAAUAGCAAGACUUUAA